AGGGCUGAAAUUCUCCCCUCCUCCUUUCGAAGCUUUCUCGGCAAUCUUCCGAAUACCUCGAGGGAGACGAUGAGCUCCAACACGACUCCGCCGUCUCGGCCUCCGAAUUCCGGCGACAGGUCGAAGCGAAGCCGCGACGAUUCCGCCGCCUCGACGAACCCUUGGAGCCGCAGCGACAGCGGCGGCCGAGGGACCGACAGGAGGGCGACGAGGACGGCGAAGAAGGAGAAGAAGGACAGCAAGCAGAAAACCUUGGGCAUGGCCUGGGGCGCCAAUUCCCUCUCCUCCUCGCGAUCCCCCUUCCGCAAUUCUCCUUUCUCCAAUUUCGGCAGUUACAUGGUCGAGAAGAAUAGGAAACUUCAGGAGCAGUUCCGUACAGAAGCUUCAACUUCUUCUCACAGUGAUUCUAGUUCUUUGAAAGCUAUAUUUCAUGGAGUUUCUAUUUUCGUGGAUGGUUUCACUGUUCCUUCCAGUCAGGAAUUGCGAGGCUAUAUGUUGAAGUAUGGUGGAAGAUUUGAGAACUACUUCUCCAGGCAUCGUGUUACACAUAUCAUUUGCAGUAACCUUCCUGACAGUAAAAUAAAGAAUUUGAGGUCCUUCAGCGGUGGACUUCCAGUUGUGAAACCAAAGUGGAUUGUGGAUUCUCUUGCGGCUAAUAAACUUUUAAGUUGGCUUCCUUACCAGCUCGACCAGCUAGCAGAUAAUCAGCCAAAGUUGUCAUCAUUCUUUGCUACUAAAGAUGGCUUGCUGUCUAACGAUGGUUUGACCGAUAUAGUUUGUCAGUUGCAUGAUAUUGGGGAUUCAUCUUCAAAAGGUCGGACUGCGAAGGACAUUAAUUCGUCUGAAGUGGGUCAAUCAACAGAAUACGGAAGUCCACUCAGUGAAGAGUUAGGCCAGGAGAAUGCAGAUGUUUCGGUGAUUACUGAAUUGAUUAAUUGCACCAAAGAAUGUCCAGGAAGUUGUAGGACCGAACAAAUUGACAUGGAUAAAGAAGAAAUGGGAAUACUUAGGGAAGAACUUAAAGACAGUCUUAGUGAGCCUACUACUUCAGCUGGCAAUCACCCCUCAGACAGAACAAGAACAAGGAGUUUACCAACUUCUGCAGUCACGAAACAUCCUAGUAUGGGCCAUUCAACUGCAGAGGAUCCCAGCUUUGUAGAGAAUUAUUUCAAGAAUUCGAGAUUGCAUUUCAUAGGAACAUGGAGACAUAGGUAUCGCAAGCGGUUUCCUAGUUCUCUUAACCAGGUUAAGUGUGCAAUUAAUCUUAAAGCAUCAGAUGAUUCUAAAAAGGCACGCGUCAUCCAUGUUGACAUGGAUUGCUUCUUCGUUUCAGUUGUCAUCCGGAACCUUCCCGAAUUACAUGAUAAACCAGUGGCUAUAUGCCACUCAGACAAUCCAAAAGGCACUGCUGAAAUUUCAUCCGCAAACUACCCUGCUCGAGACUAUGGAAUUAGGGCCGGUAUGUUUGUCCGAGAUGCCAAAGCAUGUUGUCCUCAUCUCGUCAUUUUUCCAUACAACUUUGAAGCUUACACAGAGGUGGCUGAUCACUUCUACAGUAUAUUGCAUAAGCACUGCACAACAGUACAGGCAGUGAGCUGUGACGAAGCAUUUUUAGAUGUCACUGAUUCGGAAGUGCAAGAUCCUCAGCUUCUGGCUUCUAUAAUAAGAAAAGAGGUUUUUGAGACCACUGGUUGCACUGCGAGCGCUGGUAUAUCUGGGAACAUGCUAAUGGCUCGCCUAGCUACCAAGACUGCUAAGCCAAAUGGUCAGUGCUACAUCCCCUUAGAAAAGGUGGAUGAAUAUUUGUGCAAGCUUCCUAUAAAUGCACUUCCUGGGAUAGGGUAUGUUCUAGAGGAUAAAUUGAAGAAGCAAAAUAUUUGGACUUGUGGACAGCUGCGUAUGGUGUCGAAGGAAUCUCUUCAGAGGGAUUUCGGUGCAAAAACAGGGGAGAUGUUGUGGAAUUACAGUAGAGGGGUGGACAACAGGAUGGUUGGCACAAUUCAGGAGAGCAAGUCAAUUGGUGCUGAAGUUAAUUGGGGUGUGAGGUUCAAGGAUGCAAAAGAUAGCAAAUUGUUUCUUGUAAACCUCUGUAAAGAAGUGCAUUUGAGGUUGCAGGGAUGUGGAGUUCAUGGGCGAAAGUUUACUCUUAAGAUUAAAAAGAGAAGGAAGGAUGCUGGGGAGCCUGCAAAAUACAUGGGUUGUGGAGAUUGUGAAAACCUCAGCCACACAAUAACGGUUCCAGUUGCUACAGAUGAUGUAGAUGUUAUUCAGAGGAUAACAAUGCAGCUCUUUGGAUCAUUUAAUAUAGACGUGAAGGAGAUCCGUGGGGUUGGCCUGCAAGUUUCCCGCCUUGAAAGUGUGGAAGCUUCUAAACAAGGACUCGAAAGAAAUCUCUUGAAGUCAUGGCUUGCCUCUACCUCUGCAAAUCAAGUUGAACAAUGCGACACCAACAGUGUGGUGAAAGAGACGAUUGACAUAGGUUUAGAGGGCCAGAAAGUGGAUGGGGCUUCGAGUGAUAUGUUUCCUCACUUAGCUCAGAAUUCCAAUCAAGUAGAUGACAGUCCAUCAGAUUGCAAAGCUUCUUUGGAUCAGUCUAUCACACGACCAGCUUUAUGUCAUCUGGAUAUUGGAGUCAUAAAGUCACUCCCACCAGAAGUCUUUUCUGAAUUAAAUGAUGCUUAUGGAGGGAAAUUAGUUGCAUUUGUUUCUAAGGGCAAGGGCAAGUCUAACAGCAAAGGCGAUGGGGAAGUCUCUGGGAGUUCUCCAUCCAUGCAUUCACAGCAAGUAGUAAAAGGUUGGUGCUUUUCACUCAUAAAUUUAUCGCUUGCUACUUUUAGUCUGGCUACUAACUAGCUUUUGCAAGAAGGUGCGAGGGAUAGAACAGAGGUGUACUUUUCUGGUACCAAUCAUGCGGACAGAUUUCAACAAGAUAAACAGACCAAGAAGCCUGUUAUUCAGGAAACAGACCUUUUAUGUGUGUCUAAACCAAGCUACUCUAAUACGGGGGCUUCAGUGC